AUGUCCCAAUGGAGCCAAGUUCAACAACUGGAGAUAAAGUUUUUGGAGCAGGUAGACCAGUUCUAUGAUGAUAACUUCCCCAUGGAAAUCCGGCAUCUACUAGCCCAAUGGAUAGAAAGCCAAGAUUGGGAGGCUGCAUCCAACAAUGAAGCAAUGGCCACUAUCCUUUUGCAGAAUUUGCUAAUACAAGUAGAUGAGCAGUUAGAUCGAGUUUCACAAGAAAAGAACCUUCUCUUGAUUCACAACCUGAAAAGAAUCAGGAAGCUUCUUCAGGGGAAAUAUCAUGGCAAUCCCAUGCAUAUAGCAGUGAUCAUCUCCAACUGCUUACGAGAAGAAAGAAGAAUAUUGGCUGCAGCUAGCAUGCCUGUACAGGGGCCCCUGGAAAAGUCCUUGCAGAAUUCGGUGGUUUCAGAAAGACAAAGAAAUGUAGAACACAAAGUGUCAGCCAUUAAAAACAGCGCCCAGAUGACAGACCAAGAUGUCAAAUACUUGGAAGACUUGCAAGAGGAAUUCGACUUCAGGUUUAAAACAAUACAGAGCUUAGAGCAGAGCGACAAAAACAGUGCCCUCAUUAAACAGGAAAUGUUGACGUUGCAGGCUAUGCUCAACACUUUAGACUACAAGAGAAAGGAAGUGCUCAGUAAAAUAGGGCGUGUAAUUCAUGAGGUUGAUGUCUUGAUGAACAACAUGCUGACUGAAGAGUUGCUGGACUGGAAGAGGCGCCAGCAGAUCGCCUGCAUUGGAGGUCCCCUCCACGGCGGGCUUGACCAGCUCCAGAACUGUUUUACACUGUUGGCAGAGAGUCUUUUUCAAGUCAGAAGGCAGCUGGAAAAACUGGACGAACUGUUAACCAGACUGACUUAUGAUGGAGAUCCUAUCCCAGUGCAAAGACCUCAGCUGCUGGAAAAAGUCAAUUUUCUGCUCUACAAUCUUUUCCGGAAUUCAUUUGUGGUUGAAAGGCAGCCAUGCAUGCCAACACACCCCCAGAGACCAAUGGUUCUCAAAACCUUAAUACAGUUCACUGUUAAAUUAAGGCUGCUAAUUAAGUUGCCAGAGCUGAACUACCAGAUCAGAGUGAAAGCAACUAUUGACAAAAAUGUUUCGACUGUGAGCAAUCGCAGGUUCGUUCUGUGUGGAACUCACGUGAAGGCGAUGAACAUGGAUGAGUCAGCAAAUGGAAGUCUCUCCGUAGAGUUUCGGCAUUUGCAACCCAAGGAAAUGAAAUCAAGUGCUGGAAGCAAAGGGAAUGAGGGCCCUCAUAUGGUGACUGAAGAACUGCACUCCAUCAGCUUUGAAACACAAGUGUGCCUGUACGGUCUGACUAUGAACUUGGAAACAAGCUCUUUGCCAGUAGUCAUGAUUUCCAACGUCAGCCAAUUACCCAAUGCUUGGGCUUCUAUUAUUUGGUACAAUCUCUCAACCAAUGAUCCUCAGAAUUUGUCUUUUUUUAACAAUCCCCCAACUGCCACUUUGAGCCAGCUCUUAGAAGUCCUGAGCUGGCAAUUUUCAUCGUAUGUUGGUCGGGGACUCAAUUCAGAGCAGCUCAACAUGCUGGCAGAAAAACUUACAGGGCAACAAGUCAGUUACAAUGAUUAUCAGCUCUCCUGGGCAAAGUUCUGCAAGGAACAUUUACCUGGAAAGUCUUUUACCUUUUGGGUUUGGCUUGAAGCCAUACUGGACUUGAUUAAAAAACACAUUCUUCCCCUUUGGAUUGAUGGGUACAUAAUGGGAUUUGUGAGCAAAGAGAAGGAACGGAUUUUGCUCAAAGACAAGACACCAGGAACAUUUUUAUUAAGGUUUAGUGAAAGCAACCUGGGUGGAAUUACCUUUACCUGGGUGGAUCAAUUAGAAAAUGGAGAAGUAAGAUUCCAUUCUGUGGAACCCUAUAACAAAGGUCGCUUAACGGCGUUGCCCUUUGCUGACAUCCUGCGAGAUUACAAAGUUAUUAUGGCAGACAACGUUCCUGAAAAUCCUCUGAAGUAUCUGUACCCAGACAUUCCCAAAGAUAAGGCCUUUGGCAAACACUACAGCUGUCAGCCAAGUGAAGUCUCAAAGCCCUCUGAAGGAGGAGUCAAGGGUUAUGUUCCAUCUGUAUUUAUCCCAGUCUCCAAAAUCUUAAUUGAUCCUACAGAUCCACCUUCUCCAUCAGAUCUUCUUCCCAUGUCUCCAAGUGUUUAUGCUGUGCUGAGAGAACACCUGAGUCCCACAGUGAUUGAGACAGCGCUCAGUUCUCCUUAUUCAAAUGAUUGAAGCUCUGGAAAAACAACGAACUGUGUGGACACAGCAUGGUUAAACGAAGCCACUAUUUAUCAUCUUUGUAAAGCAUCGUUUCCUGAAAACCAUUUGAUCCGACUGUCGGGCCUCAUUUCGCUUUCAGUUACGUGUAAGCCAAGAGCCUUGUGGUGUCCAUGGAAUUAUAAAUAUUUUCCCGUAAUUCACUGACAAAAGGCCAACUCCUUUUCAGCCUGUAGAUACUUUGACAUCAGUGAGGUCCAGGGGGCACAAAUUUGAUUUGUAACAUAAAUGGAUGUGGAAUUGCUGUAAAUACAUUAUAAGAAAUAGUUUUGCUUUUGAGAACCCCGUGAAAGUAGCCAACUAAAGAGAUUAAGGUUYAGAGGGAAAUAUUCUGCAAAACGGCUUCUGUUUAAUGUUCUUUUUGCAUGCUCUUGUUUUGACUUCCAUUUUAAAGAGAAGCUUCUCCUGACCCUCUGAGCUUGAUUGUCCCAUAAGGAUCUGGAGUCUUUUUGACCAGACAUCAACUGCCUUCAGCA